AUGACGACGUCGUUCAAGGAUUUUGCAUCCUCGACUUUCCGCCAUCCCCGAGCCGGCAGUCUCCUGACGAAGAUUGGGCUUGGCCACUUUGUGACGAGCGUGGUCAUGUCUUUCGGCCUGUAUCAAGCCUUGUUUGAUUCGGCGCCGUUGGAAAGUGGGUUGAAGGAUUUCUUUGGUUCCCAGACAAGUCUCUUCGGGUCUGCGCGCACCCGGCAUCACCAGUGUUCGACCCGAGUUGCUGUGGUUGCUACCGUUGAUUUUGGAAAAAGAGCACAACUUAUCACCAGCUACAACAGACCAAAUUUGGGAUCGAGUAGCGAGUUUGAGCGCGAAGACGACGAGACCAAAGGAAUGCGAAUUUGGGAGGCCGGGCUUGCGACGUCCGCUGCCCCGUUCUACUUGGCCCCGUUUAACAAGACGGAGACGGGAAUUCUGUACCUUGACGGUGCGUUGCACAUGAAUUGUCCUGCCCCGGGAGCUGUGGAGGAGAUCAGGAAGCUGUGGCCCGAGCACCCCCCUUCGCUCGAUGUUCUUGUCUCCAUUGGGACCGGUGUUCAGGACUCGGAAGUCAAGAUCCCCCGGGCGAUCCGAAUCGGGGGUUUCGAGGAGAUCUGCCGGUCGUUCCACAGCAAACUGGACUCGGAGACCCAGUGGCAAGAGUUCGCGGCCAGUAGUGCGACGGACGCUUUCCGGGACCGGUUGCACCGGCUCAAUCCACCGAUCGACGAGAACCUGCAGAAAGUCACGCUAUGGCAGUGGGACAAAAUGGCCAAGCUGGAAGAGAUGGUGCGGCGACAGAUGAAAGAAGGCGAAUGGAGAAAGCGUAUCGACGAGGCUGCAAACGACUUGUUGGCCAGUCUCUUCUACUUUGAGCCGCACGCCAACGAGCCCUCCUCGGCGAACAACCUAACGCCUACGGGGACGCAGCACGUCAACGGAGCCCCUGAGAUCCACGGGACGAUCCGCUCGCGUCUGCGACACGGCAGUGCCGAGCUGAACCGUCUCCUCGACCGAGUCAAAGGCCUCUUCUACACGAAGCUUUCCAUGUCCCGGCCGCCGUCAUCGCUCUUGCAGCAUGACCCGUGGACCGAGAUCGCAGCAUUCCACACCAUCAAGGCCCAAGUCAUGGUGUCGCGCCAGCCGUUUCGCGUCCCGGUCCGGCUUGGAGAGACAUCCGAGACCAGGUUGUUGGUCCUGGCGGUGCGGUUCAAGGAGGCUUCGGCGCCGCUCCCUAUCAGCGGGUUUCCGACCCUGUUGCACGACUUGCAUGUGAAGGCUCGAUCGUGGGAUUGA